ACAUCUGUUUGUUACUGAAUUAAGCGUCAGUACCCGAGCCAGUUGGUAGUUGGCAUGGAGGAAGGAAAGAAAAAUGUUUUCCUUCCUCCAUGGUAGUUGGAGUUAGCGUUUGUUUUUAUUUUUCUUUCCCUGUCCGCUCCUGGCCUCCUCUUUCGACCUCUGUGUGCGCCGAAAAUCUUCCGCCGUGGCCUAGGGCACUCUAGUUAAAUGAGCCCACAAAUACUAACCAAUCUCUUGAUUGCCUGAUAUAGUGCCUUAAUUAACUUAAGCUGUUAAAAAUUUCUUAGUAUGGACCGUAUGCGAAACUGCGGUUGUUGGCCGUAUUAGCAAUCUUGGAAAGCAGACGCGGGAAGGCAAGGGAAGCGCGUCGGUGUUGUAUUUCUCACAGGCGCAAAGAUGUAUGUUGUGUGCCGGUGAUCUUUCUUCCUUGCGGACUGCGUAGUCGCCGUGACCGCAAGCUCUACCCUCAUGGCUCGAUUUGCUGAGCCGCCGGUUAAGGCCUCUCGGCCCGGGCGGUCACAACCUGCAUCUCGGAGGGGUACCGGAGGCUUGUUGCAGUAUUUCACCAAUCGCCAGCUGUGGGGUGACCAGCGGCAGCUGCUCCCUCUGGCUUCCCGGCUUUUCCCCCUGGCACACCUGGUUUCUCAGGAGGUGCUUCGAAGUGGUUCACACCGAAGCAAGAGAGAUGUACUUCCGCUUCGUCUACUUGUUCCCAUGGUCGUGCGGUCACAUGCGACCGUGUUCCUAGGCUUCCUGUCUGGGGCACAGUGGCUGCUGUCUUAUGUGGCUGAGCCUGAUCGACUGCGUGAACUCCCUCCCCUGUGCUUCUACCGGCUGCAGUGGUGGUUCUUUGUCCCUGGCCGACCCUUGCGCCUAGUGCGCGAGACGCCGCUGUUUGGUGGUCACGGCCUGGAAGCCCAGCUGAUGCUUAGUGUGACCCAGUGGCCAUGCGACCCCACUUGCAUCCUUGUGGCCGGAUGCUCCAGGCUGGACGAGGAGUUGUGGCAUGUGACUCUGGUGAGCAUGCCUGGGGUGAAGGGUGGCGAGGUGCUGCACGCCUGCUACCAGUGCUCAUCGGGGGGCUCAGGCCAGCCACGGCUGCUGGGCAGGGGCCACCUCUUGCUCCCCAUGGGCCAGGAGCUGGUGCUGCUCGAAACACACCAGAAUCGGGGCCCGGCAGAGAGCAGCUUCUGUCCAAGUGCUGGCUGGUCUGCCACUGGGCUGCAGCGGCAGGCUGAACUGGGCGCGGCUUUGCUCUUCCUCAGCGUGGUCCCACCUCCACGGCAUGCCACGGUGCUGGACCUGGAGCUGGUGGCUGACACCCUGGCCCAACAGUUGUGUGCCGAGCACAGCCUUGUCUAUGAGGGACUGCUGGACUACGACGCGUGCGCAGCGGCUGGGGCAUCCCAUGGGGCGCAGGCUACCCUGCUUCUGGCCUUUCUGCUGGAAGCCUCAAGCUCUAAGUGCAUAAAUCAUCAUCAAGCUGUUUACCGAACGCCAGCACGCUCCUCGUCGCUCUUCACCUCAUUCUUCAUCCAAACAGCACGAGACUGGAACGCAUUAUACCCGUCAAUGCCAGAGAUUGCAUCUCUCCCCGUGCUCACUGGUCUCCCUGGUGGUGGGAAGGGUUCCUAUUACACGUCUACGGUGCUACUCCACUGGGACCUGGAAACCGGGCUCCACCAUGUGGCAGCUGUGGGCAGCCUCAGUGCGCCAGGCAUGUUUGCCAUGUUUUCACUGUGCGACUCUAGGCUGGACAUGCGUACGGAAUGGCUGCCAUCCUGGUGGUCACGGCCGCUGGGUGCCCACUGCUGGAUGACCAAUGACCCCGUCCUGCGAGGGCAACCCCUGACUCAAUUGCGGGCUGGGCCUUGGCGCAUUGCCCUCACCUAGGCGGCAGAGAGGAAGGUUUGGUGAUUGGAGCAUUCCGAGUGCCCUGGCCUGGAACAAAAGUGUGGUAAAGGAGCGCCGUGGGAUGCAGCCAGCUUCUGUUGUGCCAGUGGUGCCCAAGAGACUAGUGACAGUCAUGGUCACCAUUGUGUUUGUUGCAGUGUGGCCAACUAGCAAGGACAGCGCUUGUUGGUGCAACAGCAUGAAUACAAGUAGCCAGAGGCUGGUGUUCAUGCACAUCUUCACUCAUCCCGAGUGUGUCAUAUUUUUAGCAAGUUUCUUUUUCUCUCUCUCUUAUCCAGUUCCUUCUGUUGGAGUGACACCAUCAUUCAGGGUUUCCGUUACAACUAUUGACAUUGAGUGACGACAGUGUGGAGUAAAUGAAAUGCGAUCAUUUUAGCAUGCAGACGUCGGUGCAUUUACUGCCCUAUUACGGUGAGCUAGGCAGCCUUUUGCUUGGAGCUAGAAUUACUGGCUUACUGUGAAGCUCUCAUUAAUAAUCAUUUUGAAAUUAUCCGAAACCAUCUGUACAAGCUCCUGGGAAUAAACUAUUUCAUCUAGGUAUUGUACACAGCCGACACGCAUUAUUUUUCUGCAACUUGCUGCAACAUAUGCAACAAUUGUUCAGCACAAAAUUUUCACAUUUCAUUUGUUGAUUUUUCAUGCCUUCUCAAGUUAUGCAUUAAACAUUCAAUUAUUUGGACUCGC